CUCUUCCCCUUCCAGCGUCCCCAAUGAACCGCUCUCAACUCUCCACCUUCGCUCUCCCCUCUCUCUUUCCCACCUUCUGGCACUCUGGAGUCUAUCCUCGUUUCUCCUUCUGUCUAGAACCACUCGCUGUCCCCCUCCUAGAUCCUAGGCAGUGGCGGCUGUGGUGUGAGCAUUUCGUCGAUUUUUCAAUGUGCCUGGUCGGGCUUACGUGGACGAGGGACGAGGAACAACGCGAGUGGUUUGAGUAUUCGGAGUUGAUGAUCGUUCAAGCCUGGAGAACUGACGUGGAAGGCGACCUUCUCAGAUUCCUGUUCGGAUCGGUGCACCCCAGUCAUCGUCAGCCAAUCACCUUGGAGCUGACGGUCCCCCUUGCGCAGCUAGCUGACGAUCUUCCUCUUGAGAUCGUCUCACAGAGUGACGAGAGCCCAGUCCCGCACGUCCUCAUACGGACCUUGAUACCGUAUCAGCAGUGGUCAGCGUGCCUAGAGGAGCCGGGAAGCGGACACAACCCGCCGUCGCAGUGGGAUUAUCUGGACCCACGGGAGCUCCUCAAUCUCGCCUUUUUCCAGGAACGGGUGGCCUCUGAGGACGAAGAAAUAGAGAUCGAGGAAGAGAGCGUUGAAGAAGAAGAAGAAGCCACCGAAGAGGACGAGGAGGAAGAAACCCCGGAGGAAGGCAAUUACAGUGAGCACUGCGGAGAGCAGAGCGAAGAAGAAGACGAAGAAGAAGACGAAAAAGAUGACGAGUUGGAAUUGGAGGAGUCUGAGUGGGAGAUCUUGGUGGAAGAGCUCGAGUGAACAGAAGCGGAGCAGACGGAAGAUCCCGAAGCGACGCGCAAAAGAGACGAUAUUGCAGUCGGGAAACGACAACUGGAGUUCGCUAACACAACAAAUUUGCGGAUCACUG